UGUUGGAAACGGAACAAGAAGUGACGACGCCAAAAUGACAAGGAAACGACCUUAAAGAAGCAAGCGAGCAGAAUCUGAAACUUCAUCCGAAUAUGCGUGAAAACGGAGUAAGCAUUUAAUGUUUUGCAUGUAAUAUGUGCAGAAAGGUUCUGCUGUUAAAUUAAAUCGAACACAUUGAUGUUAAUAAAUUAACUGAAACUGAUGCAUUGUCUGAUGUAGGCCUGCGUGGGGAUGGUAAAGUGUUCGGACCUAAAUAACUGUAAAUAAAAGCUGAACUUGUCCGCUUAAGGAAAGCAGUUGCACAGGAGGGCAUUCGGUCCUCGUUUGCUGAUACAAUGUCCUCCGAAGAAAUCAUUGCUAUCAUAAUAGAAGAUAAGACGUACAAUGUCAGCAAAAGUAAGUUAAUUGAGAAAAGCGACUAUUUUAGAGCCCUCUAUAACUCGGGGAUGAAGGAAUCCGAAGAGGACUCGGUACAGUUGCAAGGUUUGAGUGCUCACGGACUGGAGCUGGUCAUUGAAUUCAUCAAUACUUCCAAAGUACAUUUUGAUAACGAGACCUUGGAAGAUUUGGUGGAAACGGCAUCUUUUCUCCAGGUGACUUCCAUCUUGAAGCUGCUCCUCUCUGAGGUUAAGGUGGACAACUGUGUGGAGUUGUAUAAACUUUCUGAAAUGUAUGGAAUCAGUGAUCUAAUGAAUGCCUCUCUCAGGUUCAUGGUUUGUCAUUACCAUCCCAUGCUACGGAGGCAGGAAUUCAGGCAUCUACCUAAUACUUUGCAUCAACAAAUUAGGGAGAUGCGCCUUAAAGGCACAGCUGUCUUGGUGGCGGUUGGGGAUUUCUUCAGCAGCACCUUGGAUCAGGCUCCUAAUGAAUCCUGGUCAAUGCUGAGGUAUGAUGAGAUUGCACAAAGAUGGCUACCGCUGCCAAACAGCCUCCCUCCGGACAUGGUGAAUGUGAGGGGCUAUGGUUCGAUAGUCCUGAAUAACUACCUUUUCAUUGUUGGUGGAUACAGGAUGACUAGUCAGGAGAUCGCGGCUGCACAUUGCUACAAUCCCUGCAAAAACGAGUGGAACCGGAUUGCUCCAAUGAAUCAGAAAAGAUCAAAUUUUAAACUUCUAGCUGUAAGUGAGAAAUUGUAUGCAGUAGGUGGACAGUCACUUUGUAAUGUUGAAUGCUACAAUCCAGAGAUGGAUUGGUGGAGUUUUGUAGCCUCAAUGCCAGAUCCUCUUGUGGAGUUCUCUGCCUGUGAAUGCAAAGGGAUGAUCUAUGUAAUGGGUGGAUACACAACAAGAGAUAGAAAUAUGAAUAUAUUGCGAUACUGCCCAACCUCAGAUGCCUGGACUGUUUUAGAAUCCUGUGAGGUUCACAUUCGUAAACAGCAAAUGGUUUCUGUGGAAGAUACGAUUUAUCUUGUGGGUGGCUGCAUUCACGAGAAAGGUGGAAGUAGAAAGGGAAGCCAUGCUGAAGACAUGCUCACUGUACAGUCCUACAAUGUGACUACUAGGGAAUGGCUCCACCUCAAGGAAAACACAUCAAAAUCUGGACUAAAUUUAACUUGUACACUGCAUAAUGAUGGAAUCUACAUUAUAAGCAGGGAUAUUGCACCAUCAACCAGUCUUGAACAUCGUGUAUUCUUGAAAUACAAUCUAUUUUCAGAUAUGUGGGAAGCAUUCCGACGUUUUCCAGCAUUUGGACAAAACAUUUUACUUUGCUCAUUAUAUUAUCCUGAUGUAAUUUGAAAGUCAUUGUUUUGUGUGAAAAUGCAGUUGGCGUAACUACAGCAAGACCUUAAAUGAGGAGGGAUGGUAAAGAUGAGUUAAUUUAAUGGAGCCAGACCGCUUUGUGAAAGAGUUUGGAAUUGAUCAUUAUUCUCAGGCAAAUAGUAAAGAACUGAAAUUUCAAAAUUGUUAAUACAAACAGCUGUAACAAUUCUGUGAUUCUGUGAUCAGCUGGCUCCUAGUGAGAUUUAUAUGAAAAAUAGCAAUUGGGGGAACAAAGUCAAGAAUUAUUUUUUAAAAAAUGGCUAAGACUAAUAAAUUGCUUUGGAUUAAUGAUACAUAUGUAUUACAUUUCUUGUGAGGCAAAGAACAGAAAUGUGGGAUUUUAAAAGCACAGCUGUAAUGAAGGCAGUGAUUGGUGAUAACACGUAAGAUGGGGGCCCCAAACCUUGUUCUUAAAUGGCUGUUGAUGUCAAGGCUAUCUUCCAGUGAAGGAUAAUCUUUAGGUCCAUGAGUGAUUUCUAGUCUGUGAUCUGCCUUCAGUGCAGAAUACUUAUAAUUUAAUAAAAGCUUAAUUUUGCUCCUCUUAACCUUCAGCCACUCCAAACAGUAAUAAUCUCUAAUUUAAUUUAUAUAGACAUUUCACCAGCAUCUCUCAAACUGUACAGUAGCAAUCUGGUUUGUUGAUCACUGCUACUUUUACAUAUAAAUGUGUACUUUGAAAUGGAAAUAUCUCUGUCAAGUUUCCUUUUAAAAAGGAACCAUUUCAAAAUCAUACACUUUUCAUUCAACAUUUUUCAGUUUAUGUACUUUGUGCUUAAUUUAUUUCAAUUGACAAUUUCUGUCAAAAUAUUGAGUGAAGAGCAGUGAUGACAUUGUUGGGGCUGGUUUUCUGGUUCUGACAGUGAGAAUGCUGAAUUGACCCUAAGUUUCUAUCAGAUAAAUAAAUUCAAUCAGCAUUUAAGUGUUCCACUUGACAACCACUGAAACUAACCCUGCUAUUACAUAAUAAAGUUACUCUUGGAGAUCUCUAAUAUAUUAAA